AUGAAGGCCAGUGCUCCUAAGCCCAAGUGGAGCGACGUCUCAGCAAUGAGUUCGACCACGAAAAGCUAUUGGGCCCAAUGGGACAGCUUGUUGAUUCAGGAUGGAGUCCUGUGCCGUAACUGGGAAAAUGGUCGGGGAGACAGGUGUUAUUUGCAAAUGGUUGUCCCUAAGGCUAAAGUGCCGGAUGUUCUACAGCUGUACUAUAGUGGUUGUUCAGGAGGCCAUCUGGGAGUUAAACGAACUCUCCUGAAGAUCCGAGAACGGUUUUACUGGGUCCACUGUCGUGACGAUGUCGAAAACUGUACAAGUUAUGCGGCUGUAAAGGGACCUCAAAUUCGUAGUAGAGGCGCAUUGAAAUUGUACAAUGUUGGUGCACCAUGGGAGAGGAUAGCCAUUGACAUUGCGGGGCCGUUUCCAGAAACUGAAAGUGGUAACAAGUAUUUCAUGGUUGUGAUGGAUUACUUCACUAAGUGGCCAGAAGUCUUUGCCAUUCCAAAUCAAUAA